AACGUCAAAAAGUUAGGAUAACAAAUUUCCCAAAAUUCUAAUCCAACCAAACAGAACCAACAAAAAUCCUACUUAACAAAAGAUUUUAUAGGUGAUAAUUUAAAAAUAAGCUCAACUCUGAAACCAUUAUAAAAUGGAUCGAAUGAACCAUUUGGAGAGUGAAAUAACAGAGUUGCGGCAACUAUUAAAUGUGAAAGAGAAAGAACUCAACAGCUUACGAAAGGAAUUGAUACAGCAGUAUCAAACUAAUGUAAUACAGCAGACAGACAACCAACAUCAACAGUUUGAAAUGCAAAUGAACAAAUCCCUGUAUGGAGACCAAUUGCCUAAGUGGGCUAUUGAAAGGUACUCCCGUCAGAUCCUUCUAUCUGACAUAGGAGUGAAGGGACAAGAGAAGAUUUGCACAGCCAAAGUGCUCGUUGUGGGCGCCGGGGGGCUGGGGUGCCCGGCGGCCAUGUACCUAGCAGGGGCAGGGGUUGGAGAAAUCGGUAUCGUGGACUACGAUACAGUGGAACUGACAAACAUACAUAGACAAAUUUUGCAUGGUGAAUGUGAUCAGAAUAUGAGCAAGGCUGAAUCUGCGGCACAGAGUCUCCGAAGCAUAAACUCACGAAUAACAGUAACUCCAUACAGCGUGCAACUCAGCCCUACGAAUGCCAUAGAAAUAAUAUCUAAAUAUGACAUAGUGUUGGAUUGUACCGACAACGUGCCUACGAGGUACCUACUGAACGACGCCUGUCUCACUACCAAGAAACCACUAAUAUCAGGCAGUGCACUCAAAAUGGAGGGCCAGCUGACCAUAUACGGGUACAGGGCCGAGAAUAAUCCUAACGAAAAGGAUUCAGCUUACAGAAGUCCCUGCUAUCGCUGCGUGUUCCCGACUCCGCCCGCGGCCGACGCGGUCGGCAGUUGUUCCAGCAACGGUGUGUGUGGUCCGGUUACUGGGAUUAUAGGGUCCCUCCAGGCGUUGGAAGCUAUAAAGUGCAUCGUAGGACACACGCACGAACAGAUGCUAGCGGGAAGAUUGCUUUUAUUCGACGGAGAUGACUCCACCUUUGGUAUAGCACGUCUCCGUCCUAGGAGUGAACAAUGCGCUGUGUGUUCAGACCAGCCCACCAUCACACGAUUGAUAGAUUAUGAGGUAUUCUGCAAAGCUCAGGCUAACGAAAAGAAAAAACAAGAAAUGCGCAUAAAAUCCGAGAAGAGGAAGCAAGAAAAGGAAAAAAGAAUGACUGGGCAGAGUUACUAUGGUUUUCGUGUCACCAACUCAGAUGACAGAAAGAAAUGGGUACAGGAUGUACCUAAAUCGGAACGCAAAAUCGGACCACCGUGUACAUCAGAAUAUUGCGCGAAAGGGACAGUGCGAUACUGCUCCGAGUUUUGCGAGGAAAAGAGACAGGAGAUUUUUACGUAUUUUUGGAACAAUUUAGAUUGGAAAGGGAAGAAAAAUUACGUCAGAUCUUUAGUAGACACAGUGCCUCCAAAACGACGCAGGUUAAAACAUAAAGGAGAAAUUUCUAGAAAAGGCGAUUCUAAGCUCUAUCACCUACAUAAUAAGGACCAAAGAUUACCUGUAUGUCGAACUAUGUUUUUAAACACAUUAGGAAUAAAAGAAGCUAUGGUUAGAUGUUGGUUAGUUAAAGCGGAUAAACCGAAAACACCAAAAAAACCAAUAAAAUCACUUAACGUGGACUCUUAUAUCGAAAAUUUGCCUAAAACUCAACCUAAAUGUCAAUACUGUCUAACUUCAGGCGUCACCAUAGAGUAUAUAGCUUUGGAUUAUAUAAAAAACCAAUAUCAAUUAUAUAAUAAAUAUAUAAAAGAUAUGAAGGCGAAAAACUUUAGUCCAGCUUCGCGAAAAACUUUCGCGAAAGUUGUGGCCAUGAAAAACAUAAGGAUUUUCAAACCGAAAAAUGACACUGACAUUUGCGAUUUAGUGGCUCAACACAACGUGUUGCCAGUGAUGAAUAACUACCAAAAUGUAGAAAUAGUAGAAAAAGGGCAGGACUUGAACGUUCAGUAUUAUUAUCACGAUAAUCGAUGGUAGAUUUUGCAAUUGGUUUUUAAUUUUUACGGACGUAUUCAUGGCGAGUAAAUAUCAGUUGGCAUCAAAAUUAAAGUGCAAGAUACGUGCAUAGGUAUUUAUGUAUUUAUUUAUUGCCUCGUAUAACAAGAAGUGUUAUGAAUAUAUUUAAACAUUAGUUGUUAGCUAAUUAUGUUUUGUUUCAAAAAUAUUUUAUAAUAAAUCGUGGAAACUAGCUUUUUAUUCUAAUAUAUUAUAAUUUUUGUAUUCAAUUAUUCCUAAGUACAUGUGGAUAUUAUUUUUUCAUACCUGGCUUGUAUAUUGUAAAUAACUGUACAAAUAAAUGUUUUUAAUUCCA